AACAUACAACUGUAUCUGUACGAGACGCAAGCGGAUACAAGUCUGAAUUUCUGCAAAUGUAUUAAUGCUUGAAAAAGAUGGAGGUGUACUGAAAAAAUGUAUCAUCUGUUUUCAUUAUCCAGCGUCUUCUGCUCGAAGUAAACUUAUCCCAAGAAAUGGAUCACCAUCAUCAACUUUCUGGAUCCAGUGAUGACAGCGAUGCUUUAGAUAAGAGUAUUGGUCUUCCUCCUUACUUUAACUCUGCAGGUGCUGGGAGUAAACCAGAGGAGAUAAUACAGCGGAAACUUCAAACUUUUGAUACAUUCAAAAGAACCAUUGAGGAACUACAGUCAGAAUAUAAGAGAAAUCUCCCCACAUUCAGUGAUCAAAUGAAGAAACUGGAGGACUUCACUGAUGAGAUUGAAUCUGUGCACAAGAACACUACAGUGGGCAGUUUGAUUGGAGGAUCAGUUGGAGCAGUUGGAGGAAUCGCAGGACUAGGGGGUCUGGCUUUAUCUCCAUUCACAUUAGGAGCUUAUUUGUGUGUUACUGCUGUUGGAGCUGUUACUGCAGUAGCUGGAGGAGUAACACGUGCAGCAUCAAUCAUCACUAACAUGCUCAAGCAAAGAAAACUACGUCAGACUGUUGUGAAGAUCAUCAGUGAUUUCCUGGAGACAAUCAAACCAAUGACUAAGCCUCUGAAUAUAAUUUCUAACAUCACUGCAGAUAUUCAACGGAACAAGCUGAAGUUUCAGACACCAGCAAGAGGUUUUGAUGACUCAUUAAAGAUUGCAAAAGUGCACUGUAAAAAAAAAAAAUCUUAAAAUAAUGGGAAAAAGUCUGGCAGCAAAAAUGCCAACCACUUUCCAUCAAAUGACAGUAAAAAACCUUCACUUAUUUUACAAAAAAAAGUUAUUUGAAAACGAAUAUUUACCGUAAACAUUUUCUGUAUUUUUACAGUCAAACUGCUGUAGAAAGAAAAAAAAAUCUCAUAAAAAAAUCUCUGUUGAAUGUUAAACGAAUGUAUAAAUCUGCAUAAAAACUUAAAAAUAUUGCAGAAAUUCCUUAAAAUUACACAAUUAAAACCAAGACUUCUGUUUUAAUACAGUAUUAUCUAGUAUAUUUUAAAGUAAAGACUUUUCUAUGUAAAACACACAGAAAAUGUUGUAUAAUAACUUUCAGAUACCUUAAUUUAAAGCCCAAUACCAGUAUAUUGAUCAAUUUAAACUUUUAUUUCAUGUCAUUAUUCAAUCUAUAUACAGUAAAUUCCUGUUAAAUAUUGGUUUUAUCCUGUACAAAAAACACAAGCUCUUGUGAUAUUAGGUUUCAGGAACAUAUUUUAACAGUUAUUGCUUUAUAUAAACAUUAUUUGACGGUAAAAACAAGCAACUCUCCAAUAUUUCUACAUAUUUGUAGCUUCAAUACAAGGGUUUACUUUAAAUAAACAAUAUAUUAUAGUGAUUACAGGCUAUCCAAUGAACUAUCCAAUAAAUGUAUAUACAUUUACCAUCAAUGUAUGAGAUAUACUUUAUAUAAACAUUUAUUAAACAUUAAUUAAAAUCAACUUUCCAGUAUAUCAACAUGACAUUUACUCAAUGUAUGGGUUCACUUUAUAUAAACAUUAAUAGACAGUAAUUACAAGCAUUUCUCCAAUAUAUGCAAAAAUACAUGUUUAUUUUAUGUAAACCAUAUUUGAUAGCAAUUACAAGCAACUGUCCAAUAUAUCUACAUACAUUUUCCAUUACAGCAUGGGGUUUACUUUAUUUAACCACUGUUUGACAGUAGACUUGUGCCGGUAUUCGGUAAUGCGAUAUAUCGCAGUGAUUAAUAUGCAUGAUAUUGUUAUCGUGGGCACUUCUAAAUACCGUGAAUAAAUAUACAUUACAAAUUAUGCAGAAUUUGGAAUGCAUUUUAAGAAUAGUAUUCCCAUCAGCUGCUUAAAAACCUCUCAACUUGCAUGUGUCAGUGUUUAUGAAUAGAUUAAUGAAACAGGACAAAUUUAAUCUUGACAAAAUAUAUAUCAAUAUAAAGAUCUAACCCUCAAGCAUCGAUGACAGAUCGCUGUUUUUUCAAUGGAAAGCUUAUAAAGACUGUAUUUGCUACAUUUGUGUA